AUGGCUCUCGCGUUUCUUACGCUGCUGCAAAUCGCUUCGGCGGCGUCAGUAUUCUCCCGUAACGCGCCGUCUCUCGAACACCGCCAAGUCUCGUCCAACAGCACGUACCCGUCACCAUCGGCCAAUACCACCUCAGGCUACAAAGCAGCUCUCUACUUUCCCAACUGGGACAUUUACGGCCGCAACUAUCAGCCGCAGGACUUGCCUGUGCAGAAUCUGACCCACGUUCUGUAUUCUUUCGCCAACAUUCGUCCGGAUACUGGCGAGGUCUAUCUUAGCGACGAGUACGCCGAUCUCCAGAAGCAUUACCCCACUGAUUCCUGGAACGAUGUCGGUAACAAUGUGUAUGGUUGCGUGAAGCAGCUGUAUCUUCUCAAGAAGCAGAAUCGGCAUUUGAAGACGUUGCUGAGUAUUGGUGGCUGGACGUACAGCACCAACUUCCACGUACGUCCACGAGACACACUGUAGGACGUUACGAUUGCUGACGCUUUCCAGCAAAUGGUCGGCACCGCUGCUCUGCGAGAAGAGUUCGCCAGCUCCGCCGUGACUUUGAUGCUGGACCUUGGCUUCGACGGGAUCGACAUCGACUACGAGUAUCCGCAAAGUACCGACGAAGGCGCUCUGUUCGUCCUGCUUCUCGAGGCUACUCGAGCAGCUUUGACCAACUAUUCCAGCUCCCUUCCGGACGAGCCCUACUUCCUCCUAUCUGCCGCUGUCCCCGCUGGACCACAGAACUACCAAAACCUGGCAAUCGCCGAGAUGGACCAGUACCUGGAUCUCUGGAACCUCAUGGCUUACGACUAUGCCGGUUCCUUUUCCACGUAUUCCGGCCAUCAAGCCAAUCUCUAUGCUUCGUCGGAUAAUGCUAAUAGUACGCCUUUCAACACCGAUCAGGCUAUCCAGUAUUAUCUCGACAAUGGGGUUACCCCGAGUAAGCUUCUCCUGGGUAUGCCGCUCUACGGUCGCGCGUUCGAAAUGACGACCGGCCCUGGUCAGACGUAUAGCGGUAUCGGAAGCGGUUCGUGGGAGAAUGGUGUCUGGGACUACAAGGCUCUUCCGAAGGCUGGUGCUACAGAGUACUUCGAUCCGAAUGUUGGUGCUUCUUGGAGUUACGAUGCAUCCACUCAGGAGAUGAUAUCUUACGAUACGCCGACGGCUGCCGCUGCCAAGCUGCAGUACAUUCAGUCGAGAGGUCUGGGAGGAGGCAUGUGGUGGGAGGCAAAUGGUGACAAGCCCAUGAAUGGGACGGGAAGUCUGAUUCAGCUUGUUGUCAACGGAUUUGGUGCGCUGGAGAAUAGUACGAAUGUGUUGAGCUACCCCCAAAGUCAGUAUGACAAUAUCAGAGCAGGGAUGCCGUCGUGA